ACGCGCGGCGUCCGGGCCGCUGCCCCCUUCCGGCCCCGCCUCCUCUCCCGACUUCCUUCCUUGAGCGCGGCGGCGGCGGGGACGAGCACCGGCCUGCGCGCGGAGCCGGCACCGGAUGGUGGGCGGGGGCCAGCCGUGCGGACCCAACAUGAGUGAAGUUUCCUGCAAGAAACGGGAUGACUAUUUGGAAUGGCCAGAGUAUUUUAUGGCUGUGGCCUUCUUAUCAGCACAGAGAAGCAAAGAUCCAAAUUCCCAGGUCGGCGCCUGCAUCGUGAAUUCAGAAAACAAGAUUGUCGGGAUUGGGUACAAUGGGAUGCCAAAUGGGUGCAGUGAUGACGUAUUGCCUUGGAGAAGGACAGCAGAGAAUAAGCUGGACACCAAAUACCCGUACGUGUGCCAUGCCGAGCUGAAUGCCAUCAUGAACAAAAAUUCGACCGAUGUGAAAGGCUGUAGUAUGUAUGUCGCCUUGUUCCCUUGUAAUGAAUGCGCUAAGCUCAUCAUCCAGGCAGGUAUAAAAGAAGUGAUUUUCAUGUCUGAUAAAUACCAUGAUAGUGACGAGGCAACUGCUGCGAGGCUCCUGUUUAAUAUGGCUGGGGUGACAUUCCGGAAAUUCAUACCGAAGUGCAGCAAGAUUGUCAUUGACUUUGAUUCAAUUAACAGCAGACCGAGUCAAAAGCUUCAACGCUCCACACUCAUGCUCAGAGCAGCAUUAUUCACAGCAGCCAGGAGGGGGACGUCGCCCAGGUGUUCCUCGGUGGAUGAAUGGAUAAGGAAAAUGUAAACACACAGUGGAAUCUUACUCAGCCUUGAAAAGGAAGGAAAGUCCAUCCGACACAUGCUACUGCAUGGACAAACUUUGGACAGUGAGCUAAGUGAAAGGAGACAGUCACAAAAGGACAAAUACCAGAUGAUCCCAUCCGCGCGAGAUGAUGUGAGUGUCAAAUUCAUAGAGACAGAAAGUAGGAUGGUGGGUGCGGGGCCCGGGAGAGGGGAAGAUGGGAGUUGUUUAACAGAUACAGACUUUCAGUUUUGUGAGAUGAAAAGUUCCGGAGGUUGAUUGCACAGCAGUGUGCAUAUAGUUAACACUGCUUCACUGUGCACUUAGAAAUGGUUAAGAUGGUAAAUUUUAUGUUAUGUGUUUUUUGUUUUGUUUUGUUUUUUUGAGAUGGAAUCUCUCUCUGCCGCCCAGGCUGGAGUGCAAUGGCACGAUCUCAGCUCACUGCAGCCUCCACCUCCUAGGUUCAAGCCAUUCUCCUGCCUCAGCCUCCUGAGUAGCUGGGACUACAGCCUCACGCCACAUGUGCGGCUAAUUGUAUUUUUAGUAGAGACAGGGUUUCACCAUGUUGGCCAGGCUGGUCUGGAAAUCCUGACCUCAAGUGAUCCACCCGCCUCGGCCUCUCAAAGUGCUGGGAUUGCAGACGUGAGCCACCGUGCCCGGCCUUGUUAUGUGUGUGGUUGUUUUUGUUUUGUUUUGUUUUUUUGUUUUCUUACCCCACACACACACAUACAAAACAGCUGCCCUGGCCCCUAGAGUAGUGACUUUUCACCAGGAGCCACCUAGGGGGUGAAUUUUCUGAUCAUUUUGGGCUCAGUGCUGAAGUUCUGACUUCGAGCCCCACCUCACUCUGAAUCUACAAUCAUUCUCUCUCCUGUCAUCCUGUUGCAGUCUGCUCAGCUGCCCAUAGCUAAAUACAAGGGACUGGGCGGCUUAAACAAUAAGCCUUUACUUCUCACCGUUCUGGAGGCUGGGAAGUCCGAGAUCAGGUGCUGGCAAGGCCGGGUUCUGGUGAGGGCUCUCUUCCUGGCUUGUGGACGGCCGCCUCCUCACUGUGGGCUCACCUGGCAGGGAGUGGGGCCGGGAGCAACCGCUCUGGUCUCUUCUUAGAAAGCUACUAAUCCCGUCGUAAGGGCUAUACCCUCAUGACUGCAUCCAAACCUAAUUACCUGUAAAGGCCCUACCUCCAAAAACCCUCACAUGGAGGGUUAAAGUUUUGACAUAUGAAUUUGGGAGAGGGACACAGCUCAGUCCCUAGCACACCUUUCCUCCAACCCCAGAAUUCAAAGGAGCAGCACACAUUCCUUCAGCUCCAUCCAUUGUAGCCUCCAUUCCUCCUAUGCUGUCUGAGCAUCCUGGACUGUCUUGGGAAUACCUGUCCUGUUUCCACCAGCUCCCCGGGAUCUGCAGUGCAGACACCCCCUGAGAAUGCCCACUCAGCUCCCCUGGGUCUUUAACCCAGGGCACGGCCAGAUGUUUUGCUCACAUGUCAUAAAUAUGAUUGCAAUGUGGCUGUGCGUGGAACCCUGGCCCACUCUGGACCCUGAGCUCCAGAGACUCCGAGGCAGAGCUGCAUUUCUAUUAUCACUUAGUAAUUGGAGUUUUGCAGGCUUGGGAUUACUGCUAAUGGAAAGCAAAUGGGCCAAGAAUCAAGAAAUAAGCACUUGAACAGCCAGCAGCACUCAGUAAAGCAAAGAGGCUAUUAUGCCACUUUAUGUGGAUAGAGAUCAUCAUUUGCAGAAAGAUUUGCAAAAAUCUUUCCAGCCCAUGGAAACAAUGCCCACCACGCCUUCUGGUGGCCCUGCCCUCCCUGCCUGGUGCAGCUAAGUGGCCACCCAGGUAGGGAGCCUCACCUGCAGCACAAAUUACCACCCGAAGCCAGCCUCUCCUGCUUGGCAGGAGCAAGGUUUGAUCUUGCCUUCGCUGCCUGCUUUCUCGCUGGUACACAGAGCUCAGAGAAGCUCUUGGAACCAAAAGCCCUCCCACACACCCUGCCUCAGACUUCCUCGGCCUUCUCACCAGCCCCAGCCCAGAGAACAGGCGGUGACAGGGCUGCCAUGCGCUGCUGUGAUGGAAAGCUCGGAACAGUGGCUCUUGACUCAAGGAGAGAGAAGUGGCUGUAAAGAGUGACGUUUCCCGGGGUUUGCUGACCCCUGGUCUCCGGGUUAGUCUUGCCCUUUCUCCUCUGUGGGGUUGUGUCACCAUCAUACAUUUACAUGAGGGUCCUUUUCUCCACAGAUCACGCCACCCCCUUCCCAGUGGCUAAAAGGCGAUUUAAUAUGCAGAAGCUCUGCUAGAACAGCAUUAGGUUAUGACAUGAGGAAAUGGAAAAAAAACAUCUAAGCCCAAACUCUGCCCUUCAGCCGUCCUCCUGAGACAGCAUGCUGCUGUCGGCCAAGGACAGAGUGGGCACGCUGGGGUUCUUGGGCUCAGCAAACAACAGGAAAACUGAGGCAACUUCAGCUGCUUACAAGAGAGAGACACAAGAUUCACAUGAGUUCCUAAGUUCAAGUUGGCUGAGGGGCUCAAGGGACUCACUGCGUCCCUCCCUCACUCCGGCAGAUGCUGGGACGCUUCCAGACAGCCCCGGACAUGUGGGGAGAGGGAGAGGCAUGGAAACCCUCUUACCUUAGCCGCUCAGAAAGGUGCCUCCACUCAUUGGUGACUCCCUCACUUAGCCAUUAAAUGUCACUACAGCCCGUUCGCACAGGGGAGAGAAUCUACAUCUAGCAGUAAAAAAGUGAUGAAAUGAAAGAAGUUGUGAAAUGACAUUUUUUUCCAGCAGGUUUGUCAUAUCUCCUGCAUGGAGGAAAAUUGCUUUCUGUAAAUCUUGGUCCAACAGAACAAAACACCUAUUUCUUUCCAGUUGGGGGGACAGCCAUUCUCAUCGGUAUAAUGAACGUAUUGUAAGCUGUGACUUUUACAAAGUCUGAGGGAAACCAAUCUGCAGUCUUGACAGAUAUGAUCUUUCCAGAUGCACUGUUCGUUUACGGCGGCAAGAGAGCUCAAUUAAUUUAUGAGGGAGGAUGGCAGGAUGCGACCCCUUGUGCGUGGCCUAGGAGGAACUGUCCCUGUGUGAAUUUAUGUUCUGGUAAUUUAAAAAGAUUUAUAUUAAGCUUUUCUUUCAUUUUGAGAGUAGAUUAAAAUUCUAAUGGAAA